AGAGUAUAGGUGGACCAGCCAGGUGGAGGAGGCCUUUGGUUAAACAGAAACCCGGGGAAGAGGAGGCAAGAGUAACGCACUGGACGCACACUAUGCGCAGGAGUUACCAUUCGGAAAUAUGUACGUGAGUUAUCUUUUGGAGAAGGACACCAGCAUGUACCCAAAUUCAGUGCGACAUCCCAGCCUAAACUUGAACCAUCAGAACUUUGUUCCCGCACCUCCGCAGUAUUCGGAUUUCAGCGGAUACCCUCAAAUUCCUGGGAUUAACAAUGACCCUCACCACAGCCAGACUGGGGCCUGGAACCCCGUUUACGCACCGCCGACCCGGGAAGACUGGUCGCCCUAUGGGCCAGGGACAGGACCGUCCACAUCUAAUCCGGGAGCAAUUGGCUAUAGCCCCCCAGAGUUCUCUCCAGUCCCACAACCCGGGCUUCUUCUCCCGUCGUCUAUCAACUCAUCUGUAGGUCAGCUCUCUCCCAUUUCUCAGCGCAGAAACCCUUAUGAUUGGAUGAGGCGGAGCGCGCCACCGGCAAAUUUAGGUGGUAAGACACGAACGAAAGACAAGUACCGGGUGGUGUACACAGAUCACCAGCGCUUGGAGCUGGAGAAGGAGUUCCACUAUAGCCGCUACAUCACCAUCAGGAGGAAAGCAGAGUUGGCCACCUCUCUCUGCCUCUCAGAACGACAGGUGAAAAUCUGGUUUCAGAAUCGGCGUGCCAAAGAGAGGAAAGUGAACAAGAAGAAGAUGCAGCAGCCUCAGGCAGCGUCCACAACAACACCUACUCCACCCAGCAAUGUUGUCAUGGUGACCAGCAGCAGUGGUGGCCUAGUGUCUUCAUCCCUACAAAUGACUAUCAAAGAAGAAUACUGAGGACGACGGUCUGACGUGAAGAAAAAAAAAAUACUUUGGGCCAUGUCUAACCUGCAAUAGAGACCCCCAGUCAACAGCUUGAGUAACAUGGGGACAAGGCAAAUGCAGGGGUCAACACCUACUGAGAAAAAAUAUAUGUAAAAGACUGGCUGCUGUUUCUUGCGCUUUUGUUUUUGGAAAAGGACAAGACAGACCAACACGAACGGUGGCUGUGUGCAAUAGAUUACGUGCUGCGGUUUCGACGAACGGUGGGGAUUCCACGUCGAAUCAUCGGGAAAAGGAUAGAAAAUGAAUGCCCAUGUUUUGUGAUCAGAGGCGAUAGGACGGCCACCCGCUGUGCACAUGUUCAUCUUGGUCCGUCUUGUGAAAGAGAGACAAAGAACUGAGAAAGAGAAAAGCUAUAAAUAUAUAUAAAUAUUAAACUGUUGUCUUUUAUUGUUA